GGGGUCUUCAUUCCCACCUGCUCUCCUCUUCCAUGACCCUUGUGGUGAAAAAUGACGGGGAAUUACAGAACCUUCACAAUGUUUCAUCUGCUUUGCUCCGUCCUUUUGUUUGUGGUCGCCCCGUGCACGUGCCUUCUGUCGGGUGGACCUUUUAACGGACCAAAGAGUGGACGUUUGGGUGGACCUAAGAGUGGAGAUUUUGGCCGACCCAUAAGUCGACCUUUUGGCGGACAGAAGAAAGGACCUUUUGGCCGACCUACGGGAGGGAAUUUUGGGGGACAUUGGCCAAACAGCCACGGGCUCUUCCAACAUCCUGGCCUUUUCCAAAAUCCUUACGCUCCUAGCUCCCCCGGGGUCGCACAACCAACCCCUGUUCAACAGCCACAGCCACAGCCACAGCCACAGCCACAGCCCAAAGCCGGAUGUCCGACACUGACCUCAGCGUGCGCGGCCAGGCCAGCAGGAAUCAGCGACUCUAGCGUGGGCGACCUUAUUGAGAACGUGAUAAAAAACCUGGACACGAAUGGAGACGGUAGUAUUACCGUAGCUGAGCAGUUUUCUAACAAGAGUUAUCUUAAAAGAAUUUUCAUCGAAACUUUCAUCAGAGACAUCUAUUUUGCAAACUUUUGA